AUGGCACGACGUUAUGAUACUCGUACAACAAUCUUUUCACCGGAAGGUCGGCUCUAUCAGGUGGAGUACGCUAUGGAAGCUAUAUCACAUGCGGGUACAUGUCUUGGUAUUCUAGCUUCAGAUGGUAUUCUUAUUGCAGCGGAGAAGCGAAACGUGCACAAAUUACUCGAUGAUGAAGUAUUAAUUUCAUCGUUUCCUUACCUUGAUUUAGUUCUAACUGAAAAAAUUUAUCGAUUAACUGAUAAUAUUGCGUGUACAGUUGCUGGAAUCACUGCUGAUGCAAAUAUUCUGAUUAAUCAUCUAAGAUACUGGGCUGCAGAUUAUAAGUACAGUUACGGAGAACAUAUACCUGUAGAACAGUUAGUACAAAUGCUUUGCAAUGAAAAGCAGCGCUAUACGCAAGUUGGAGGAAAACGGCCAUUCGGAGUUUCGUUACUAUAUAUGGGGUGGGAUCAACAUUUUGGCUAUCAACUUUAUCAGUCAGACCCAAGUGGUAACUACACUGGUUGGAAAGCUACAUGCAUAGGAAAUAAUCAUCAGGCUGCCGUAUCGUUGCUGAAGCAAGAAUAUAAAUCGCCUGAUCUAAAUGAAGCCAAAAAAUUAGCAAUGAAAGUUUUAUCGAAAACGUUAGAUGUAAAACUGUCAGCAGAAAAAAUCGAAAUGGCCUCUCUAACACGAAGGAAUAAUGGAACAUUAAUAGAAAAUUUGAGUAAUGCUGAAGUUUCUCAACUGAUCAAAGAACAUGAAGAAAAAGAGAAAGAGCAAGAAGUUCAACAACCUGCUUAA